GUUACUGUUCAGUAUCAGGAUCACAGUACUAGUUGCUCCUCCUGUCCGCCUGGUGGCGCCGACGCACUCUUUAUCGAGGCAAGAGCAACUCCUUGAACAUCCGGUUAGGGUGCCACAUUUUAUUUGCCCGUGAAGAUGCCGAAGUUCUACUGUGACUACUGCGACACAUACUUAACGCACGACUCGCCGUCAGUAAGGAAAACUCACUGUAGUGGACGCAAACACAAAGAAAAUGUGAAAGACUAUUAUCAGAAAUGGAUGGAGGAGCAGGCGCAGAGCCUGAUAGACAAAACAACUGCUGCUUUCCAGCAGGGGAAAAUUCCACCCACGCCAUUCCCCGGCGCUGCCCCUCCGGGUGCAUCCCUGCUCCCUCAUCCCAAUAUCAGUGGACCACCUAGGCCAGGCAUGUUACCAGCUCCUCCAAUGGGUGGCCCUCCAAUGAUGCCCAUGAUGGGUCCUCCUCCGCAUGGCAUGAUGCCUGGUGGUCCAGGCCCAGGUAUGCGGCCCCCUAUGGGUGGACAUAUGCAAAUGAUGCCAGGCCCCCACAUGAUGCGACCUCCUGCUCGGCCAAUGAUGCUCCCUGUAAGACCUGGCCUGGCACGACCAGAUCGAUAGAAAUGUGAAUCAUAUUUGUUAAUUAGGAUACAGUACAUGUGAUCGUCCAAGCCAGAUUGGUUUAAAUUUUAGUGUUGGAACAUUUUUUUAGGACUGUUUUCGCAAUAAAAUAAAAAUACAAACUCA